CUGGGGAAAAAUUGAACGAUUUCCAAUUCGAAAGCAAUUCAGACCGACGAGACAGCAACACGAUCGCUACCACGCAACAUCGAUAGCAGCUGAUCAACUAGCUAUUUGUGCAACACCAACAACAUGUCCGAGGGCCUUGAAACCGGCGAAGAUCCAACUGUGGUGAAAAUGAAGGAGUACGGAGAGGUUAGCAGCGAGGAGCAGAUACCGACGGCUGCAGAGGGAGAUCAGGCAGGAGAAUCCGAGGGCUCAAAGAUUGAUGGCAGCAAAAACGAAGAGGAUGAGGGGAAAAUGUUUGUUGGUGGUCUGAGCUGGGACACAACAAAGAUGGAUUUGAAGGAUUACUUCUCCAAGUUUGGGGAGGUGGUAGACUGCACCCUGAAACUUGACCCCACAACAGGCCGGUCCCGGGGGUUUGGCUUUGUCCUGUUUAAAGCAGCUGACAGCGUUGAUAAGGUGGUCUUACAGAAGAACCACAAGCUGAAUGGGAAGGUGAUCGACCCUAAGAAGGCCAAGGCCAUGAAGAACAAGGAGCCCAUCAGGAAGGUCUUUGUGGGAGGUCUUUCUCCAGACACCCCCGAGGAGAAGAUCAGAGAAUACUUUGGUACCUUUGGAGAGGUGGAGUCCAUUGAGCUCCCCAUGGAAACCAAAACCAACAAGAGACGAGGCUUCUGCUUCAUCACCUUCAAAGAGGAGGAGCGAGUGAAGAUGAUCAUGGAGAAAAAGUACCACAAUAUAGGAUUAAGCAAGUGUGAGAUAAAGGUGGCCAUGUCCAAGGAGCAGUACCAGCAGCAGCACUGGGGAGGAGGAGGCAGAGGGGGAUACUCCUCCAGGCCUCGAGGCAGAGGGGGACCCAAUCAGAAUUGUUGGAACCAGGGUUAUGCCAACUACUGGAACCAAGGUUACGGAAACAACUACAGCAAUAACUACGGCAAUUAUGGCUACAACAACCAAGGCUAUGGAUACUACGGUGGCUAUGACAACUUUGGUUACAACAACUAUUACGGUGGAUAUGGUGACUACAGCACAGACCAGCAGGGUGGUUAUGGGAAGUCCCCCAGACGAGGUGGUCACCAAAACAAUUACAAGCCAUAUUGAUGUGACAGUCGUUCCACAGACAUAGACAGGCUACGGGGCGAUGGAAGAUUGGAGCAUUGGCAGGCGAGGUGACAGGUUUCAGUCACGAAUUUCCUGUAUUAUGGAUGGAUUGAGACAGGACAGUCAGUUGAUCUACGUAUAUUGAAUUUAUUUUCAGCUUUGUAUUUCGUUGUUUCUUCUUGCAAAGCUUUUAAAAGUUUCCUAUUCAUCUUGUGUUGAUUUACACUGUGUGAAACACAUAUACAGAAUUAUAUUUAAGAGUUGAUUAGUCACUUAUGGUCAGUGAUAUCCCUAUUAUAUUCUAUGUUGCUUUUUGUUAUGUCCUAAAUGACCAUUAUUGUAACCCAAAUUGAAUUAGGAUAUACUUAAUUGGCCCCGAGGGGGAAAUUUGUCUUGGAUAAAUAAAAUUGGUUUGGUCAGGGCCAGAAAACUAAUUAUUUAUAUUGCAGUCAAGAGUACAAUGAGGCCCUUAAAGAAAUCUCUAUACUUUAUCGUAGUUAUCACAAGUAAACAUUUUGUUCAUAUAUAUUUGACAUGGUUAUAUGUAUACAGGAUUCUAGAAUAUUCAGAAAUGUAUCAGAAAAAAAUAAAAAUUUUUUAUCUGGAAUUGAAUUUGAAAUAGAUUUUAAUUUUUUAUUAGGAAGUAGUGUGAAUUGUUUGGUACAUUAUGCUUUUACCCUUGGACAGUGCACUCACCGGCCAGUUUAUUAGGUACACCACCCGUUCAUGACAAUGGAUACGUGGUCGUAGCUUGCUAUAUAAAGCAGGCAGACACUCAUCGAGGCAUUCGUUUACUGUUCGAUUGAACGUUAGAAUGGGCUA